UGUCCCGUCUGUGCCUGUUGAAGACGGUGAAGCAGUGUCGUGUUGUGUGCCUUGAUUUUUCGGCCUCUCUCUGGUUUUUAGCUGGAAUCUAAAACAUAGAAAAGUGCCGACCAAAACUGUGGAAUUACUGCGCACGCACUAAACUCCAAAGUGAAGCCAUUUCAAGGUCCACAGUGUCACUGUUUCUGUUUGUUGUUGGGCGCCCUCCUCACCUCCACGCAUCUGGCUGACCUCUGUCUCCACCUGACCAUUCACCCCACCCCCUCCCUCAACAGCUGGUUGCCAUGGCACUAUCCUCACGCUUGAAACUAUGGGAACAGAAGAUCAAGGAGGAGAAUAAGCCUGUCCCAGCCACCCCUGUUCCCCCACCCGUGGCAGCCGUACCCGGGGGCUUCCUCAAGCAGCUGGUCCGGGAGACGGAGAAGGAGACCAAGCAGAAGGAGCCCGAGAUUAAAGAGGAUCGCUCGCAGCCCAGCAAGCUGAGUGACAAGCUGGUGCAGCAGUUCCUGACGCCGGACGAGACCCCGCCCAUUUUGGAGGCCGAGAUGGCUCUCCGCGCCGAGCAACGCUUCCUCAAUGGCGACAACGGUAGCCAGCCAUUGGCCGAGAGGAAGACCUCGUCAACAUCCUCUUCGCCCAGACGGGUGCUGUCGCCCGUCACCUCCAAACACGGCUCGCCUGAAACCACGCCGGGCGAGUCGGCAUCGGACAACGCGGACAAGAAACAACAUGCGGCAGCAGAGGCGGCUAGGAAACUACAGCUGCAGCAGCAGCAGCAACAGGCGGAGGAGAAGAAGAAAGCGGAGGUGAAGCAGAAGGAGGAGCAGCAGAGGAAAGUAGAGGAACAGAAGAAAAAAGCUGAAGAGCUGAAAAAGAAAGCACUAGAACAGAAAAAGAAAGCAGAAGAAGAGAAGAAGAAAGCGCAAGAGCUGAAGAAGAAAGCUGAGGAGGAGGAGAAGAAGAAAGCAGAGGAUCAGAAGAAAAAGGCAGAGGAGAAAGAGAAGAGGCAGGACCCAGAGGGGCAGCAGGCCAACACCAUCAUCACAGAGGAAGCCAAGGCACCAGCACCAGCGCAGACGGGUGUGUGGUACGAGGCUGGCCCCGUGUGGCUGGCACAGAAAGACACCUUUGACCUUGCGAUCCACCUGAAGCCAGAUGAGGGGACGCCGGAUCUCCCAGAAGGGAUGGUGAGGGUGCGACUGGAGAAGGACGGCAGCAUUCACGAUGUCCCGCAGUACGACAUCGAGAAGUUGAAUCCCUCUGAGCAGGACCUGUGUGAGGACUUGAGUGAUCUCCAGAGUGUGAAUGAGUGUGGAGUGCUGCACACCCUGACCAGCCGAGCCAAAGCCCACCGACCCCUCACACAGGCCGGGCCCAACCUGCUCACACUCUGGCCACCCGUACAACUGCCAGGCAAGAGUCAUCGUGUGCGUCGGUGGGACGGCGUGUGGGACGCCCCUGGGGCUCUGCAGGCGUUGGCGCGGCGCGUCUACCUGAGCAUGGUGAGCACGCGGCGGGACCAGAGCGUGGUGCCCAUGGGCCGCACGGGCACCGGCAAGACCACCGCCUGCCAGUCACUAUGCCAGGAGCUACUCAAGCAGGCCGGCACCGGAGGAGGCAGCCUGACACUGGACAGGCUCCAGGCGGUGUUCACGGUGCUGCGUUCCUUCGGCUGUGUGAGCUCGGCCCAUACUGAGGCGUCAUCGCGCUUCGCCAUGGUCCUCUCACUAGACUUCAACCACGCAGGACACGUAGCGGCAGGACACCUACAGACCCUGAUGCUGGAGAAGUGGCGUGUGUGUAGGAAGCUGGAGGGGGAGAGUAACUUCCUGGUGUUCGCUCAGCUGCUGGCCGGCCUCAACACGGAACUCAGGACAGAGCUGCAGCUUCAUCAGACGGGCGAGGUCAACUCCUUUGGAAUCACGUGCCCAACCAAGGUGGAGGAGAAGCAGAGGAUGGUGGUGGGCUUCGGGCGGCUGGUGGCUGCCAUGGAUACGCUGGGCAUCACCCCCAGCGAGCAGCGCGCCAUCUGGCACGUACUGGCAGGAAUAUACCACUUAGGGGCAGCAGGCAUCUGCAAAGUGGGCCGUAAGCAGUUCCUGAGCUUCGACAGUGCCCAGGUGGCCAGCUCCGUACUGGGCUGCGAGGGAGAGGACCUGCACACGGCCGUCUUCAAACACCACCUCAGGCAGCUGCUGCAGAGGGCCACCGGGGGCAGUGGAGUGCGACAGUCAGCCGACGAACAGGAGGAUGGUCAGAAGUUGAGUGCUACUCAGUGUCUGGAGGGGAUGGCCUCAGGGCUGUAUGAGGAGGUCUUCACCACCGUGGUCUCGCUCAUCAACAGGGCUCUGUGCUCCCAGCAGCUGACGCUGGCGUCGGUGAUGGUGGUGGACACUCCGGGCCUGCGUAACCCGCGCUACAGUGGCGAGGAGCGGGCGGCCGGCCUGGCUGAGCUGCAACACAACUACCUGCAGGAGAGGCUACUGGAACACCACUUCGCACACACCUUCGUACACCCACUGGAGAGAUACACACAGGAGAAAGUCUCCAUAGAUUUUGUUCCCCCGGAAGGCAGCCCCUCUGAUGUGGUGAAUGCCAUCGACCAGCCCUCCCUCCAGGUGCGUGCGGCGGAUGGGGAUCCGCGGGGCCUGCUGUGGCUCCUGGACGAGGAGCUGGUGACGCCGGGCUCCACCGAGAGCACCGCACUGGAGAGGGCUACACAGUACUAUGGAGACACAGUGCGCCAGUGUGAGCAGCCUCUGCAGUGUGAGAUAUCUCAUCAGCUGGGUGCUGACCCGGUCCGCUACGACCUGACUGGCUGGUUCUCCCUCCUCCAGAACAACCCCUCCAGCCUCAACGCAACAUCCCUACUGCAGCAGUCCAAUCUUACGGUGGUGAAGGCCCUGUUCUCCUCUCGGGGUGCGGUGCCCCCCCUGUGUCGGGGCAUGGGGGGCGUGGAGGGGGGGUCCCAGCGCUCGCUGGAGCGCAUCGGGGCCGUCCGCAAGACCUUCAGCGGGGGCAUGGCGGCCAUACGCAGACACUCGCACGCCAUCACAGUCAAGCUGCAGGCCGAUGCUCUGUUGAAUGUGAUUCGUCGAGCUCGUCCAGUCUUCCUGCAGUGCAUCAGUGCUAAGGCAGACUCCACCGGGGGCUUCGAUGUCCCGGCCCUGCGCACACAGCUGAGGUCCACACACAUACUACAGGCCCUGCAGCUAUAUCGCACAGGCUACCCUGAUCACAUGACCCUGAGUGACUUCCGCUGCCGCUUCCAGGCCCUCUCCCCCCCUGUUAUGAAGAGAUACGGAUCAGUCUUCAUCACGCCUGAUGAGAAAAAGGCCGUAGAGGAGUUGCUGGUAGAGCUGGACCUGGAGAAGAAGAGCACUGUCCUGGCAGCCAGCAGGGUGUUCAUGAAGAGAGGCAUGCUGCAGUAUCUGGAGGAGCAGAGAGACAAGACGCUCACUGGUUGGCUGGUUCAUCUCCAGGCCUCCUGCACAGGACACCUGGCUAGACAACACUACAGGCGCCUCAAGGUGCAGCAAAUGGCGGUGCGGUGUGUGCAGCGUAACCUGCGUGCCCUGACGGGCGUGUCGGGCUGGAGCUGGUGGAAGCUGCUCUGCAGAGUGCGCCCCCUGCUGGACGUCAACAUGGACGACCACAAGUUCAGGCACAAGGAGGAUGAGAUUACUGCUUUGCGACGGCGUCUGGAAAAGUCGGAGAAGGAGAGGAACGAACUGAGACAGAGCGCUGACAGCCUAGAGACAAAGGUGACAGCCCUGUCGUCUGACUUGAGUGAUGAGCGGUUCAGGGGGGAUGCGGUGAGCCAGGCUCUGGACGUGGAGAGAGCAGACCGACUACGCCUCACCAAGGAAAACAAGGAACUGCAGGCUCGGUUGGAUCAGUGUAAGUCUACUAUUGAGUCUCUGGAGAAGCAGCUGGAGGAGGAGAAACAGAAAGUCCAGACCACAGAGAGAGUCAGUCUACCAGGCACAGAGAGUGAGAUUCAGCUACAGUUGGAGUGUACGCAGACUGAAGUGGAGUUUUUACGCAAGCGACUGAAGCAGACAGAGGAGAGACUAGAAUCAGAGAGACAGAGUAAGGACCUGCUGGACACAAAGGUGCUGGAGCUGCAGUCUCAGCUGGAGCAGUCCAAGCGCUCUCUGGUGGAGCUGAAGCGCCACUGUCGCCGCGUGACCUCUGACCUCCAGGACGCCCGCGUGCUCACGGACAGCCUGCAGGGACGCACACACGACCUGGAGAGGAAACAGAGGAGGUUUGACAGCGAGCUGACCCAGGCUCUAGAGGAGGGCGAGAGGGAGCGCGAGGCGAAAGACAAGGCCGUCCAGGAGAGCCUAGCCCUGGGAGCCGAGCUAUACGCACUACGCAGGACACUCAAGGACGGUGAGGCGGAGGUGAAGCGUCUUCAGCUGCAGAAGGAGGAGCUGUGUUGCCAGAUAAGAGAUUUAAGCGUGCCGUCGAGCCUGACCAGCGACUCCAUACCAGAGCUGAAGAAACAGCUGAGAGAGCUGCAGACCAGGGAGACCGACAGGAGCCAGGAGAUGAGGACCAUGACAAACAAAAUACAACAGCACCAACAGAUGCACCUGCGUUUUGAGAUGGAGAUGGAGCGGAUGAAACAGAUGCACCUGAAGGAACUGGAGGACAAAGAGGAGGAGCUGGAGGACGUCCAGAAGUCAUCACAACGACGGCUGAGGCAGCUGGAGAUGCAGUUGGAGCAGGAGUACGAGGAGAAGCAGAUGGGGGUCCACGAGAAGCACGACCUGGAGGGACUCAUAGCCACGCUCUGCGACCAGGUGGGCCACAGGGACUUUGACGUUGAGAAGCGUCUUCGUCGGGACCUGAAGCGAACCCACGCCCUGUUGAGCGACGCCCAGCUGCUGCUCACCACCAUGGACACCCCUGGAGGCAAACCCAACACAGCCCCCGCCAACAAGGACGAACUGGAGAGACUACACUUCCAGCUGGAGGAGAGUGAGUCGCGGCGUCUGGAGGCGGAGGCGGUGCAGAGGACUCUGGCCAUGGAGCUGGAGAACGCACAGCAGGAGCUGGACACCAUCUGCAAACACAAGAGCAUGGUGGAUGAGCAGUUGUCCCAUCUGCAGUAUGAGAGGACGGACCUGCUGAAGAGGCUGGAGGAGGACCAGGAAGAUCUCAACGAACUCAUGAAGAAACACAAGGCUCUUAUAGCACAGUCUUCUAAAGACAUCACCCAGAUCAGAGAUCUCCAGGCAGAACUGGAGGAGGUGAAGAGGGAGAGGCAGAGCAUGCAGGAGGAGCUUCAGCAGAACGUGGUGCGUGUGCAGUUCCUGGAGUCGUCCACGGUGGCGCGCAGCAUCGUCAGCAAGCAGGAGGCCCGAGUCUGUGACCUGGAGAACAAACUGGAGUUCCAGAGGGGACAGGUCAAGAGGUUUGAGGUGUUGGUGCUGCGUCUGCGUGACAGCGUGGUGCGUCUGGGGGAGGAGCUGGAGCAGGCUGCGGAGGCGGAGACCAGAGAGAGGGAGAACUGCCAAUACUACCAGCAGAGGCUACAGGACAUGAAGAUGGAGAUGGAGGAACUGAUACUCAGAGACCAGGACAGCAGCAGACGACGCAUGGAACUGGAGAUGCAGGUGGAGGAGCUGACUGCAGUCCGGCAGACAUUACAGGCCGAUCUGGAGACCUCCAUCCGCCGCAUCGUGGAUCUACAGGCUGCCCUGGAGGAGGUGGAGUCCAGUGAUGAGAGCGACUCAGAGAGCGUGACGACGGCUGUGGAGUCCUUCACACGCAAGAGAGACCUUGACAGUGUGUCGAGCGUGGGUUCGGUGGGUACGGAGGAUGUGGGCGAGGGCAUCCGCGGCUGGCUGGGCGUGCCCAGGGGUCGAAGGUCAAGCUCCCCCUACAGCUCCCCCACCAGCGGACGCCAGUCAGUCACAGACACCAUGAGCACAUACAGCUUCCGCUCUUGUCAGGACAUGGACGAUGACGACAGCACAGAGAAGGGCAGCAGCGUGGCUGGUCCGACCAGUGGAGGUGGCGGUGGCGGCAGAGGUGGCAGCAGUGGGGGCGGUCUGGGGCGGUCCUCGUCCUCCUCAGCGCUAUCCGAGCUCCUGGAGGGCCUGCGCAAGAAACGCGCCAGCUGGCACGGCGGCGGGGGCUCCUCGGAGGCGGGCGAGAGGGACAGUGCCAUCUCCCUGCCCAUCUACCAGACCACCGGGGCCUCCACGCUGCGGCGCCGCCCCUCCGCGCUCUCCCUCGGCCCCGACGAGCUCGCAGACGACCCCCUGGAUGGGGCUGGAUCGACCGCCGGCUCCACCCUGGCGCCCCCCAGGCCGGGUAUUCUGAAGCCCCCAAGCCCUCGUCUGUCGCGGGCCUCUAGUCUGCGCUCCCUGGCUGCCGAUCAGGAAUCUGAAAUAAUAGGGUUGCCCUCUAGUGGCGGUGGAGGUGCAGGUGCAGGCAAGCUGACGCGCUUCAGCUCGUCUGAUUCGCUGGCGUCGGCUGUGUCGGCUACAUCCUCAUUAGCUCGCAGCAGGGUGCUGCCCUCCAUCUCCAUCGCCGAGGAGAGUGACGACGCUGCGGAUGACAUCACAGGGCGGCCCAGGCCACCAAUCCUGUCUGGGGCCGGGGGCGGGCCUCCUCCCACCUUCCAGCCUAUCAGGAGGCGUCUGCUGGGCGGGCUGGUGUCAGAGGGCGGGGAGGGCCAGCUGGGGGCGGAGUCGCUGGUGUUCCAGAACCGGCGCCUGGCCCCGGGACCCGACCCAGAUGACGAGGAUAUGGGAUUGGGCCGAAGCGGCGGCGGUACCACUGGUGACCCGGCGUUAGACAUCCUGCCCGCUAUCCGACGUGCCCAGUCCACCAGCAGCCUGGCGGGCAGCUCCAUCAGGGGCGGCAACCGGCGAGCGCUCAGCGUCCACUUCGGGGAGCUGCCGCCCUCCACCCGCGCCUCCCGACGCAGCUCCUCCUCGGACUCCUCGAACUCGUCCAGCUCGGGGGGGUCGCAGCGGCCACGGGGCGGGACUGGAGGCAGUGGAGGACGCGGAGAGCGACUGGAGGCCGAGGGCAGCGAGGCGGGCGAGGUCAACGUUAACGACGUCAUGAAGAAGUAUCUCAAGAAGUCAGAGGUGGACUGAGGUUUCCAUGGCGACGACAGAAACAAAAAAGAAAAAACGUAAAGUGAAAAAAAAAGACAUGCCAGCAGACUGCUAGUCAAGCACACAACAAGACCAGGUCUAUAACUCCUUAACACAGCAUGAUAGAAUGACCUGUUUGGGUGUGUGGAAACAGGGUUUUAGGCAAGAGAGGUGAAUAAAUGGAGAGGUGGAUGGAUGGAGCCAUUUGGGAGAGCAGGUGCUGUUGUGAGUACGUACGUUGAGUGUGUGUAAAAGCCUUAAAAUGUUUCUCUGAAGCACUUUUUUGAAAAUCAUAUCCACUGUGACGCUAUGUGAGUGAAUGUGACUAGCAUGGUUGAAGUUGAAUCACCUUGUCACUGCACCAUGUACCUCUUGCUUUAGACUCGUCUUUAGUGCUUAACUUAAAGGCUUCGUCUGCUGCGCUUAGGUUAGCUUUUGCCUUAACCUGUUCAGUCUCUUCAGCGGUUACUCACGCCGCAAAAAUUGACAGCCAGCGGGAGAAAAAAAGAGCACAGCUAAAAAAUAAGAAAUCAUAUGAAAUUUUAAAACUUUGUACACAUGAGGAAAAUAAAAAAAAAAAUGUUUAAAAAGGAAAUGGUGUGCUG